AUGUAUGCGGUAAAGAUCGAAGUUAACAGCGGCAAGACGGGUGAGGGCAGCUCAGCCAGCAGCAGUGGAGUCCCAUCUGCUGAUGCUGGCCCUUGCUCAAACGCGGACGUUGACGAAAUUCAAGUAUCUGUGGGAAAUCCACGCGUGGAGCACGUCACUGGCAUAGUGCACCUUUACCGGCAGACGCACGGACGCGAUGAGGCUGGCACCUUCUCACCUAAGCUUCCGGUGGGGCGUGGCGACCGGCUGUGCGCGCUGGCCCUCCCUUCAGACAUGGGAGUCGCAGAAUUCUGCUCUUAUGUGGGCGCCUACUUGCCACAGAUCAAAGAUAUGCGUCUGGUCAGACGAGAGGGUGGCAGAGCAGCAUGUAUGGUCCUCUUGCGUUUCAUCAGCGUAGCCACCACUGAUGAGUUCUACCUGAAUUUCAACAACAAGCCGUUCUCCUCCCUGGAGCCGGAGCUGAUGUGUAGACUGGUCUUUGUCAAAGACCUGGAAUUCAUCAGCAGCACUGAUGGCACGUCGGUACCCACGCCACCUGCAGGACAGACUGAGCUGCCCACAUGUCCUGUCUGUCUCGAGAGGCUGGAUGAGCACAUCAGCGGCAUUGUCACAACGGUCUGCAAUCACCGCUUCCACAAUGAGUGCCUGCAGCGCUGGGGGGACACAAGCUGCCCUGUGUGCCGAUAUUGCUCUGGAGCAAGCUCUGCAGACUCUCACUGCCUGACUUGCGGCACCUCCAGGGACCUGUGGAUGUGCCUCAUUUGCGGGCAUAUGGGCUGUGGCCGCUACCGUGAAGGACAUGCCGCGAAGCACAGCGAGGAGACGGGUCAUUCUUAUGCGCUGGAGCUGGAAGCACAGCGCGUGUGGGACUAUGCUAGUGACAACUACGUACACCGCUUGGUCCAGUCAAAAAAGAAUGGCAAGCUGGUGGAACUGCCCAGCCCAGACCCAGUCUCUUCACGGCGCGAUGGAGCCAGCCUGUGA